CUUUGGUUGAGCAAAUUGUGCACUGUGUGCAUUCAAUCAGUUUGGCGUAGAGCUCGAUCAUUCGUGUUGCUCCAAUAGUGACAGCAACGGCGGCUAAUUCGAGAGUAGCUUAUUCAUAGUUCAAAUUUGGCAGAUCUGUAAUUUGUUGGAAGAUAAAGUAUAUACCUCGAAACUUAUAUUGGCGGCUGUAUAUGAAUAAUUUUUGUAUAUACAUUACGAAAUGUAACAGAGGAAUGCUUUUACUUAAACUGUUGUUUUACAUGCAGUACUGAUAUUAUUGAGCAAUAGUCGCAAGAUUCCAUUGAACCAGAGUGCUCUUAUAAAUAGCUAAAACAUCAAACCGUUUUCAAAGUUGAGAAGCAAAUCUUAGUAAAUAUGUCUACUAGCUCAACCACGUCCUUGGCAUUCACAAAAACUUCACGCAAAGUGACGAAAAAGUCAACAAUCAAAUCGUCUAAAAGCCAGAAUAUUGAGGAGGCAAUUACCGUUGAUUUUAAUAACAGUAUUCUCGACGACGUCGACGGCAGCUGUGAAGAGAAUGCCAAUACGCCGGUUAAAGUUAACAAGAAAAAAUUUCCGGGCGUCGGUACAAAAAGCUCUGUGUCCAGUUCAACAACCACCAAAACUAAAAUUUCCGCAAUCAUAAAAGAGCAGACCGAGAUCCUGCAAAAUGAAGACGUUGCAAGCGUCGAAUGUAAACAAGAAAUAGCGACAGCCAAAGGCAAAAAGAAAGCAAGAUCUAAGAAAAGUAGAAAAGGUGAAACGGAUCAUGAGAAUAUAUCGGUGAAAUCCAGCUUUAGCAAAUUCGAUGCUCUACAGAAGCGCAAUUUAAUUCAUGUACGUUCAAGUGACGCUGGUAAAGCACAAAAAAAGUUCAGUAAUCCCCAAUGUGAUAAAGAAAUCAACUGUCACCUUUGCGCUAAACCUGUUUACAAAAUGGAGGAAAUCAAGGCCGAAAAGAGCAUUUAUCAUAAGAAUUGCUUCCGCUGCCGUGAAUGUAAUAGACAAUUGAAGGUCGACAACUAUCAGAGUCAUGAGGGAGUCCUAUACUGCAUGGUGCAUUUCAAGCUAUUAUUUUACCCGAAAUGUGUAGAAGAUUCUGAGACCUAUUCUCCAAGUAAGCCGGAAUUAAUCGUUAGAGAAAAUCAACCACUUGAGUUACCUCCAGAUGUUGUAAGAGCUUCAGAUAAACCUAACCUCGGCUUGGAAGAAUUACAACCGUUUAAUGUUCGUUCAAAAUUUCAAGUUUUUGAAAAUGCAGCACAAACCCAUAAGGAACAAGAAAAGUAUCGUGAGGAGCGAAACCCUAUUAAACACACCAAUUCGAUAUUAUCCAAAAUAGCGAAAUUGAAAGCACACGGAAUUAGUUCAGAUCUAAGUUUAAAAGCGAUUGGCGAUACACAGAUAAACAGUGUGAGUGAUUACUCAUCGAAGAGCAACAGUGAUGUAAGCGAUGCAGAAAUUGCAGAAAAUAUAAAUGAAGAUUAUGAUGCGGACCUAGUUCGCUCAAAAAAACGAACACAACGUGAACGACCAGUCGGACUUGGUCAUGUCAUGUACGAUAUAAAAACGAGGUUUGAGAAGGGACACAUGAUGUCCAAAGAGGAGCGGCGGGAAGAACGUAAACAGGAAAUUCAAAACAUACGUUCACGGCUCUUCAUGGGAAAACAAGCUCGUAUCAAAGAGAUGUACCAACAAGCUGUCGCUGAAUCAGAGCAAGGAAUUACGGCAUCUGACAAAAAACUCGCCAUAGAGCAUGAAGGGGCUGCUCGUUCGCUUAAGGAACGAUUCGAAAAAGGAGAAGUAUUUAAAAAUUCUCCCGAUAAUAGCGAAGAUAGUUCGACAUAUCACAAGGCUUUACAGAAUGAAGAUGUUUUUGAAUCAGCGAUUAGUAAAAAAUCACGGAGCAUAUUUAUGGAAUUGGAUGCUAAUGUGGUUGCUAACAGGAAAAAUUUGAACUCACCAAAAUCGCCACAAGGAGAUAAACUACACAUAUAUAACGCAAGAGAACAGAAUAGCGAAAAUGAAAACGAGGACAUCGUUAAGUAUGAUGAGAAACCAGAGGAUAUAAAAAUCGAGACCUCAGAAAUAAGUUCGAAAUUUAAAUUUUUUGAAACAUAUCGUCCAACCGAGCAAAAAAGAAAGGAAUUUCGUAUAACUCCGCCAAGGGAGGGAGUUGUGAAAAUGCCCACGCCUGAAUCGGAAAUUGAAGACUCAAACGAUACUGAUAAGCUAGAGGAAGAAACUCACGUACUCGAAAAAUUUCACACUACCGCAAUGAUUUUAAAUAAGUUUCGUGAAAUUGAACAAAAUAGUAGUUGCCAAAAAGCUGGUCCCAGACCCCUGAAGUGUUUUACACCUCCUUUAGAUGAUAGUAACAGUGUGUAUGAUGAUGACAACAGCACCGACUUAGAAUCACAGGAUGAAAACGAAGACUUCGAGGAAGUGGAUGACGAUGAAGAUUACUAUUCAUCAAGUAGGAAUUACAAGUGUUCUCUGGAUGACGAGGCUCUCAAGGAGGCAAAAACAGCAGCACGUGCUAAACAAUUGCGAGUGAAAUUCGAGAAGUGGGAGGCCAAUGAGAAAGAGCGAGAAUUGAAUGAAGGACGCAUUGAUAUCUACUCUAAGGAAGUAUCUGAUAACUCAAAUAUCGAAAGCACAAAAAUCAUACGGGAGCGAUUUGAAAAUAUGAAAAACUCAACACAGACCACUCAACAAGCAAGGCCGCGGUAUCAAAUUAACCGUUUCGUGUAAAAACUCACAAGAUCAAGCGUCAGUCUAUUGAAACUGCUGAAUUAGUGUAUUCUUUUAUGAUGGAAGCAAACUUUUGCCGGCUUCAUACAAGGCUUGCCCGUACAUAUAGGAAAGAUUGGCAAUUGCAAGAGCGGCAUUUUGGCAAUUUUUCUUUAAAUAUUUUGUUUAUUUGUUAAUUAUUUCUUUUUUUAGAAAAAUACAUAGACAUCUGUCAAAUAUUCAAA